AUGGAAGAGGAGGAUAUAUUUGAAAAGGAUGUAAAGGAUAUGUCCUCAUUCCUCAUUGUAUCCAGUGAAGAGGAAGAAUAUGUCUCUCAAAAUGCAGUUUCUGAAUCUGCAAGGAAUCCUCUAUCCGCUGGAAAGGUAACCAAAGAGGAUCUAAAGGACCAAAAUCCAGAAAGAGGGCGACACGUUACUUGCGAGUCUUCUGAUACAAUAACGUGCGAUCCAGUUGGGACAUGCAGUACACGUAAAAACAGCGGCCAACAUACAAGUGACAAUCGCAAAAUAAACAAGAGACAUAAUUCACAUUUGGAGAAUCCGCUUUCCACUCCACAGCGACAGUGCAUAGAUGAUAGGGUUUACAGGGAGUUUAGGCUCAGUAAUAGCCUAAAAAGCGAAGAGAAGAAGCCCAUACAUCCAAUUGUUGAAGAUGUCGGCAGAGUAAUGUGUUUGGAUACCGGAACUCUAUCUAUUUUACAUCUCACUGAAGAACAGGGACGAGAGAUCAUGGAUACGGUAGCAAAAAACACACGUAACAGUAAAACUGUGAGGGAAAAUAUCAAUGAACUAUUAACAAUGACACACAGUUUGUUCCAGGAUAAGAAUUUAUGGAUAAUUUCAGAUUAUUUAAAAGAGCUCAAAAAGGACACAAAAUCAGCCAUAGAUCCUCAAACAUUCCUGAUGGGUUAUUUUGCAGAAAAUAGGAAGCGUAUAGAGUGCGGAGAACUUCAUUAUACUGACGAAAUUGGAUUUAAUUAUGUCGACAAAAGCACAAGAGAACUUAUGGAUGAACUCCAUAAGCAUCACAUUGCUAUUUAUAACUUGGGAACUAAAAAAUAUCGUGAACGUAGAAGGUCUAGAAAGGAAAAGGAAGAGUUGUUUGAUAAAAAACUACUUGAACCAGCUGAGCGUCCCCGUAAGAACAUGUACAAUAAAAGAGAAUAUAGUUAUGAUAGAAAACAUAUCAAAAGCAGGUGUAUAAAGGAUGACGAUAGUGAUUAUGUUGAAGAAUAUGACGAUGAAGAAUAUCUCCCUCAUCAAACUAGACAAAAAAGCAGAGUUGUAAAAACAACCACAAAAAAAUCACGCAGACGUAUACUCGAUAGUGAAGAGGAGUAUUGCACCUGUGAUGAAGGAUCUGUGGAAGCAAGGUGGGUAAAUCUCGUGAAUCAUAGCGUUAAUGUCAACCAGACAAGGAAGAAUGCGGACAAAAUAACUAAAGGCGUAGAUGAACCAAACUCUAAAUUGACAAAGAGAAAGCAGACUGAUAAAAUAGAGACUGGAAUUGUAAAUAACGAGCAUCAUAAAGACGAAGAUAUAUUGAACGAAGAUAACAUCGCAGAGACUGUCACUAAAGAGAAGGAAAAGAAUACAUCGGAUUCUAUACUUUGCUUAAAAUUCGUAAUUGUAGACAAAAGCGGAUCAGUGAUAAAGGAUGAUCGACUUUCCAAGGUGUAUGUGAGAAAGACAGAAGUUUGGGGUAAUUUAGUCACUAAAUUUGGUGAUUUAUAUAAGCUGGACAAAAAUCAACAUAAAAAUGUCAGGGUUUUUAUCGACGGAGAUAGAAUAUCGCAUAAUCGUACUAUAGGUAAGUUGCAUAAACAAUACAAAGAAACUGGAAUGGAUAAAAAUGAACCGCUUAUUGUGCCUUUUUGUAUACAUUGGCCAGCACGUUAUGCCCUACAUUCUACAAUUGUUUAA